CGCCACCAACCACCAGCACCCAAUUAGAAAGGCCACGAGGUCACCGUCGCCGCCAUGCCAAAGAACAAAGGCAAAGGAGGUAAAAACAGGCGCAGAGGUAAGAAUGAAAAUGAAUCUGAAAAAAGAGAACUAGUAUUCAAAGAAGAUGGACAAGAGUACGCUCAAGUAAUCAAAAUGUUGGGGAAUGGACGGUUAGAAGCAAUGUGUUUUGAUGGUAUAAAGAGGCUGUGUCACAUCAGAGGGAAAUUGAGAAAAAAAGUUUGGAUAAAUACCUCAGACAUUAUAUUGGUUGGCCUCCGAGACUAUCAGGAUAACAAGGCUGAUGUAAUUUUAAAGUACAAUGCAGAUGAAGCCAGAAGCCUGAAAGCAUAUGGCGAGCUUCCAGAGCAUGCGAAAAUCAAUGAAACGGAUACAUUUGGUCCUGGAGAUGAUGAUGAAAUCCAGUUUGAUGACAUUGGAGACGAUGAUGAAGACAUUGAUGAUAUCUAAAUGAAACCCAACAUUUUACAUUCCAGUUUUUCUGAAGGUUGCCAUACAGUUU